AUGGAUAUGAACAUGCACUUGAACACGACAAAAGAUCCACACAUAGCCAACUCUAACUCGAACAGCAUGCCCAUGACCAUGCCGGCCGUUUUCUCCACCUCCACCAAAAUCACAAUCUUCUUCGCCAGGUGGACCACUUCAUCAACAACGCAAUAUAUCCUCAUACUAGCAUUCCUGUUCCUACUGGCCGUCUUCGACCGCUUUCUCGGUGCAUUAAGAUUCCAAAUCGAUCGGGCGUGGUCACAUCAGGACCCAAACACAACACUCACUCUAGGCGAGGUUCAGAAGAAAAAGCGAUACAUUCCAAAAGCAAAACCGAGUCCACUCCCUACCUAUGUGCAUCUUCGCGGCGAGUCUCGAGCAAUCGCGCAGGAUAUGGAGGGUCGGUUGAAUAACUCCGCUAAACAUGGACCUAUUCGAAGUGGUUUCUAUCUAAGGCCGUUAUUGUCUUGGAAAUCGGGCGGAGCGUGGAGUUUUCAGAAGGAAGGGAUACGUGCAUUGUUAGAGCUAUUUAGAGCUUUCAUUGGGUACAUUUUAAUGCUAGCCGUCAUGAGUUUCAAUGUGGGUGUGUUUGCUGCCGUGCUUCUUGGUAUCUUAUGCGGAGCGUUGACUUUUGGGCGGUUUUCCCGUGGAAUGGCGGGAUGGCAGGAAGGGGGUUAUCAUAAUGGAUGA